GAAGGGCACACACAGACCUGCUGCUCAUCCACAGCAUUUCCCACUGGGGAGACACAGCCUGCCCACCUUCAAGAUCUCUGAGACUUGGACAACUCUUGUGGGAGCUGAGGAAGUGAAGGAUAGGCAGGGUAACCAGAUCUGACCACCACCAGUCCCCCUUCUCACCUGGCUGUCCUUGGAGAACUGCUGCUUUUCUUACGCUUGAACUUUUCCCCCCCAAGAGAUUUUGUUUAUUAUUAAUAGUAAUGGAGUUGGUUUUAAGGUUAAUGAUUGCCUGUUUCCUGACCAUGAAGGCUGCUGCGGAUUAUAAUGGAAGGUGGCCCACACAGAUCGCUUCCUCUACGGGUAUUUGUCGAUAUGGUAGCAGGAUUGACUGCUGUUGGGGUUGGACUCGACAAUCACCGAAUCAUUGUCAGCCUUACUACUACGUCUUAAGGCAGAGAAUUGCCAGCAUAAGGUGUCGUACCCAAGCCAUUUGCCAGCCAGCAUGUAAACAUGGGGAUUGUGUGGGACCGAACAAAUGUAAAUGUCACCCAGGAUAUACCGGGAAAACUUGCAAUCAAGAUCUGAAUGAGUGUGGUUUGAAACCUCGACCUUGCAAGUACCGGUGUAUGAACACAUACGGAAGCUACAAGUGCUAUUGUCUUAAUGGCUACAUGCUCAUGCCUGAUGGAUCAUGUUCAAAUGCAUUAACCUGCUCCAUGGCAAAUUGCCAAUAUGGUUGUGACAUAGUGAAAGGAGAAGUCCGAUGUCGCUGUCCUUCCCCAGGUUUGCAGUUGGGGCCUGAUGGAAGAACUUGCGUGGAUGUUGAUGAGUGUGCAACAGGAAAAGCUAUAUGCCCCCGAUUUAGAAAGUGUGUCAACACAUUUGGAAGCUACAUUUGCAAGUGCCACGCUGGAUAUGACCUAAUACAUGUAGCUGGGAAAUACCAAUGUUUCGAUAUUGAUGAAUGUUAUACUGGGGAGUAUCAAUGCAGCAACUUUGCAAGGUGCUACAACACCCCUGGAUCUUACAGGUGCAAAUGCAAUCAAGGUUACCAUGGCAACGGAGUUGACUGCACAGCAAUACCCAGAGUUAUGAUAGAUCCAUCAGGGCCACAUAAUUUCCUACCGGGUAAAGAUGGCACAAGGAAUAUGAUAAAAGGGAGCAGCUCCGGUCUAAGUGGUAGUGAAGGGAGCAGUAACAGGAUUCCAGACUUUGGUGGUAGAGAUCCUAAGAGGCCUCCACCAUAUUCCUUAAUUACACCAAAGCCUAUCCCCAGGACAACAGCAAAACCCACAACAAGGCCCCAACCCAAAACAGCAACAAGACCUGCUCCCCAGCCUGUUACAAGACCAGCCCCUAAACCUUCAACAAGACCACCACCUCAGCCUGUGACAAGGCCACCUCCACAACCGGUGACAAGACUGCCACCACAACCAGUGACAAGGCCACCACCUAAACCAACAACUACAAUCAGUACUACCACACGUACAACAACAACAACACCCAGGACUACUCAAGCACCCGAGAGAAUAGCCACUGAAGCUCCUGAAGAUAACAGGAUUCACUUGGAGCCAGAGAAGCCAAGAGGGGAUGUGUUUAUUCCUCGCCAAGGGAUCCAAAAUAAUCUCUUUGAUAUAUUUGAGGUGGAAAGGGGACUAAGUGCGGAUGAGUAUGAAGCCAAUGACGACCCAGGUGCUUUGAUACACAGCUGUGACUUUGACAGUGGCUUGUGUGGCCUGAUCAGAGAUAAAGAAAAUGACUUGCAUUGGGAACUAGUGAGGGAUGACUUAGGUGGACAGUACCUGACUGUCGUGGAGAAAAAAGGCAAGGAUGGGAAAGCAGCACGGUUGGUUCUACCGUUGGGACAGCUGUCGUACUCUGGAAACAUGUGUCUGUCAUUUAAGCACAUUGUUUCUGGGGAAAAUGCUGGAAAACUCCAAGUCUUUGUAAGAAGGACUGGUUUACAUGAACCUGCAAUCUGGUGGAGAAAUGGAGGUCAUGGCUGGAGGGAGACACACAUAAAUGUGCAAGGGACAAGUAUUAAAAGUAUUGUCUUCAAAGGAGAAAGAGGGAAAGAAGGAACCGGUAAAAUUGGGCUUGAUGAUGUAAGUUUGAAGAAAGGACAUUGUCCUAAAGCUCAUUAACAUAACUCAACAACAUCACAGCUGCAAGAAAAUUGACGACCCCCUAAAGUGACAGGGACGGGGAGAAUGACACAAAUCACCGAUACUUAUGAAUUGUGAUGGACACAGAAUCCUUAAGGAAAAUUAAUCCUCAAUCAAAACUCCCUGUAUUCCCUAAUUUAAUUAAAAUGACAAUGGGCACAGGAGCAUCGUCACGAAAACAUUGUGCUUUUUGAGUAACUUUUCAUGGUUUUUAUCGAAGAACAUUUCUUGGAAGGUCUGAAGAGGAGAAACUUAGCAUGUGCCCUUCAGUGGACUCUAAAUUUAGGCGCUUAAGCUUAUGGGACUGCAAGAUUUGUCAUUAAGUAGCUAUUAUCAAAUUGAAUAUCACUGCUUGUAGUCUAAGGCUUUGUAAAUGUUUUGUUUUUUUGUAAACUUACAUAUUUAUCAAUGAAAUGGACUCCACAAAUG